CCCACGCCCACUUUAACGCUCAACCUUUCUCUCGUUCUCUUUCCCUUUCUCCAACACACUCUCAUCAUCGCGCCCACUCUCACCCUCUUGCAAGGCCAUCCUUAUCUAAAACCUUGGAUCAGCAUCUCCCGUGCUUCUCCGGACCAUUCUAACCUCAUCAUAGCCUUGGUCCAGCAGAAUCGUGGAUCCUGACAUCUGCUCUUCCUUGCCGCCACUUCCUACCUGACACCCUCUGCUCGAUUUUCCUUUCUCAGUGGAAUUCUUCUCAUUCGUCUCCUCGCAGGUCCUUGCUGCCCAACGGACAAGCGCUAGUACCAUUCACUCCUAACCCUUUAAUACUUGUACCGCCAUCAUGUCGUCGCGGUACCCACCAGAUGAUUCUGACUACCGCCGCAGACCUGACAGACCUGAGUCCUCUGUUCGCAGCAGAGAUCAUAAUAGAGAAGACCGCGAACGUGAGCAGGCCAGGACCAGCAGAAGACCAGAAGAAGUCCGCAUGAUUGAUGUCGAGGACCGCAUUGACACCUGGACUGAACCAAGAAUGAAUACCCGUGUUGAAUCCAUCCGGCCGGAACCCAGGCUUCCUAAUUAUGUGGCUCCUCCCAGAGAUAGUCGACCCUUAGAGCCCCGAAUGAUGGAGAACCGGAAUCAUGACCCUGACCCAGGCCUCUUCUAUCAAGAUCCCCUGACUGGAGAAUACCACCAAUAUAGGAGUGUACCAAGCCGGUCUGGCUACCUUCCAGAGAACCAAUUCGUGGAUGCUCGCCCCAGACCUCGAGUCCCCAUGGAUGCUCCCAUGCCAAUGGAACGUGAACCAUCAAGGCCACAGUACGAGGAACACUUUUGUCCCGGAGAUGGCAUUGAACGAGAAGUCAUCCAGCUCAACAUCUGCAAGUACCUCGGCCAAGACGCCACUUGUCGCCCGGGCCGCGACAAAAAUGGACGCAGUGGAUUUUGGAUCAGGGCAUAUCGCCCCUUCACCUCGGCGAUGGAGCAUGACCUGCGUCAAGACACUCUGAGAUGGCAGCGCGACCGGGAAAGAAGGGCCAGACAUCGUCUGCCUGAAGGUACGCCUAUGCGCGAAUACCAAGAAACUCGGUCUAAGGAUCGUGCAGGCUCAUACGCCGAAAUGCAAGCUCGUGAAGAGUCACGCCGGUACCACCCAGAAAUGGACGUCGAUGAUGAUUAUGACCGGUCUCAAAGAGCCCGUGACCCGGAGACUCGUAUUCCCUCCCGCCGUCAAAUCCCUGUGACAUCCUCAUAUCCCAUGGAAACCGGAUAUACAUCGGCCAAUUAUAGCACCAACUCGACCCAGCCUAACUACUCCCCUCCCCAUCAACAAUCAGGAUAUUAUAACGGCCCGGAACGUGAGCCCAGGCUUCAAGCUGACAAAUCUACCCCACCAAUCAUGGCCAGGGCAUCGCCUAGUGUCUAUUCACAGGCGCCCUAUACUAGCUCUCGUUCAGGGCCUGCCAUCACCUCGUCGAUACCUGCGCCAUACGCAGAGCCUCGUACGGCUCCCCCGCGGGAUCCACGUGUUGAUGUGAUGAUGGGAGGGGGUUAUGCCUCAACGGCUUACCCCGACCAGUCUCGUAGCCACCGAGGAUGAGCCAUGGUUUGUUGCGAGAUCAGUUCCCUCAAGGCCUUCAAAUCUCCCACUGGAGCCAGUCUACCGGAAAGCCACUUUGGCGCCAGUCAGCGCCUAUCCCCCCAGAGAAAGGAAGUUUGGCCCACCCUCUCGCCAUUUGACCUGGUCUGCUUUUCUUCUUGGAUUGUUACCAGCGAGUGAGCCAGCUAUCCCGGACCCCGGACCUCGGACCAUUACGUUGUCCUUGCCCAAGGCGCUCGAGUGACCACCUCGAGCGUCAUUGUCGUGCAGCAAUGAUACCACGGAGCACCCUGUGUUGAAAUAAUGACGGAUUUGGCAUGUGAUCUAACAUUUUCUAAACAAGCCCGGUCACCUCAGAUUAAUCACGAAUCUUCUUCUGCCCGCUUGUUGUACCAAAUCGAGAUACCGGUUAUACAGUUCGGACGUUGUGUUGUACUUAGCAUUGUAUGGCGUUUUUGGCAUGUACCACGCUCUCGAAGCAUGAUAUACGGAUGGCGCCCUUUUGAGCUUUUAUCGCUGAAUCAACCUCAUAUCCCCUGGUCUGGUUAUGUUUGCCUGUUUCUCAUCAUGCACUCGUGAGAUUACGACUUGAUUUUCUUACUGUCAUUGGCCAAUGUGGUGCUCGACGUGACUCUGGAG